AUGGACGAUCGAAUGAGAAUGCGAUGGAAAGAAGCGAAAGAACGCGUUGGAAAUGCGUACCACGACUACGGGCGGUACUUUCUGAUCGUACGUUCAAUGAAAGAAUCCGUAAUCUUGUUUCAGACUGUGUGCCGCCCAUCCGAAGGCUUGCCUCUCGAUGUCCCUGCUCACGAUGAUUGUGCUUUCUUAUCCCACGAUCACCCGCCUACGCCUGCCCGUCAGUACUCCAAUCGACGUGUUCUGGAGUGAACAUUUACACGUGAAUGGUUAGAAAUAAUAAGUAAUCAGGGAAAAAAACGCUCUUUUUCUAGAUAAAAUCUCUCCAUUUUGGAUAAAUGAGAACCCCGCCUCGUACAUCCAACAGUUCAUUGUUUCGACGAGUGUCGAUCCGUGGAACGCGACCGCAUUGGGACCGGAGCAUGCGGUUCGAGCGGCAGUCGCCACAGCAUUCCGAAUCAGAGAAUUGCUGCUCGAAGAGCCGGCCGUCGAAGAGCUCUGUCUCCGUCUGGCCACACAGAGACACUCGUCUCCGUGGCCGUUCCGCUCCAAGUCUCUGUGCGUCGUCCUCUCGCCCGCCACAAUCUGGUACAACGACGUUCAGAAGUUCCGCGAGGAUGACGACGUCAUCGUGACGAUAUUCAACGAACAGUGCAAAUCGACGUUUUGUAUGCGAGAUUUGCUGCUCGGAGCCCCGGCUGAGGCGACCGGAAUCAAGCAGAAAUACCAAACGAAUCGGAAGAGAAGUUCGUAUUCUCUUUAACGAAUAGUUCAGCCAUCCGUGUUUGUUUCAGAUAUCGAGUUCGCGGUCACUAUGUUCUUCGCUCGAUACAGCACGAAAGUGAUUGCAGAAAUUCGAGCAAAACUUCAUAGAGAAUUCGAGUUAAUUGUGAGUAGCCAAUAAUGCUCUUAUUUAUUUUUUCAACUCACUUCUUCAGGAGACCCCCGCCAAUGACGAGCGAACGUUUGUUCAAGUGUAUUUCCAUCCCUUGAAGACGUUCUCCGAUUACAUUCCGCUCAUUUCGACGUACUUCGUUUGCAUGAUCUAUGUGUACUUCUCUUCUCGAAAGUUCCAAAUGGUCGCUUCCCGCUGGGGCCUCGCCUUCGCGUCUUGCUUCACCGUCGCAUCCACUCUUCUGAUGACCACCGGAAUAUGCGCACAUUUGGAUCUGAGCACAACGACCUGGGGAUCCGAAGUUUAUCCGUACAUCGCCCUGAUCAUGGGACUCGAGAACACACUGUGCAUCACGCGAAGUGUCGUCUACACGCCUCCGUCGCUCGACGUCUCCUCAAGAAUCGCGCACGGACUGUCUCAGGAAGGAUACAAACUCACGAAGUAUUACAUUCUGGAGCUGAUCGCCCUUCUCAUCGGAUUCCUCACGCGCAUCUCCGACAUUCAAGAGUUCUGCCAGUUCAGUGUCAUCUGCGUAACUGUCGACUUUUACAUGCAACUUUUCUUUUACGCUCCAUGCCUCACUUUCGACUUGGAAAGAUUGGGUUUGGAGGAAAAACGGAAGUUCGCCGAAAUUCUGUUGUACGAAGAGAUCCCGAGGCUCAAGAACUACGCGCCCGUAAGCUGUCCAAUGAGAAAAGUGUGGCCGAAACUGUUCGAAAUGAAAAAGAUGCAAAAGAGAAAGCUGUCGGACUCUGGAAUUGAAGUGCUGAAGGAAGAGCAACGGCGGCUUCUGGCAGGCGGGAACGUGGAUUCGAAAGACGACGGAGACGUGCAGGAACCGAGACCGGAAGAGAGUGUUCGCAUGAAGAUAAUGUAUUUCAUAACGAGAACUCGCAUCGUUCAACGCACAAUUCUUAUCGUUUUCGCCGUCUGGACCGUUUCGCUCGUGUUCUUUGUCGGCUCAAGACAGCUCGGAAUGGAGAGUAAUUUGACAAGUGAGUAGGUGUAUGGAGAAAUUAUUCUAUGAUUUCAUUGCAGAUCAAUCAAUCGAAAGUCUCACUCGAUCUCAUCGAAUUCUGUCGACAGCCAACCUUCGAUACGGGAAUUGGCAAAGGAGAACAUACAAAUGGUGAACACAUAUCUUUUCAUCAUUAAAAAACUUUCAUUGCAGGUGGCCUGCAGUUGCUCACGAGUACAACAUUUCGCUGAAUUCUCGCUACGUAACUUUCCUCCCGCCGAUCGUCAUAAAUGCGAAGGUUCAUCCCAGUCAUUUCAUGAUGCAAACUAUCGAAAAGAGCCAAGAUGUUCAAGAUGAUUCCUCCGAGGCUCCCAUUCUGCGAUCGAGGAUCGAUUGGCUGGAAAUGCAGCUGAAGAUGUACUUGGCCGCAUUCUGGCUGCUUCUGAUCACAACAGUCAUCUCUUUCUUUGCCUACGUUUUCCUGAUAGAUCGAUGGAAAGUGAAAGGCGUUCAACAACUGCAAGAGCCGAAACCAUACGAUGGAAAGACGAGCGGCUCGCAGACCACUCGAAACGUCGUGGAAACGGUUAGAAGACGGACAAGAACGAAUAAAUUAAAUUUAUUUGUUUGCAGCCUCCGAUUGUAUUCAAUCGUCACCUCUUCCCCAUCGAAUCAGUUGCAAUUGAUGUAAAUGAUGCUUCAACAUUUGUUUCGUGUUGUCAAGAAGGAAUCGUGUACCUCUGGAGCACGCAAACCGGACAGAGAAUCCUCCGACUAGACAGGUUGUGGACGAUCGCAGAGAUAGAAAAGGAGGUGCCGCCUCCGAAAGUAUGGGCUCUUGCCAAAAGGUAUUCCGCAUUGACUUUUCUCUGUUCACGUCGAGUUUCUACAGAAAUGACGUCGUUAUUCUCGGCUGUUGCGAUGGAAGAAUUGAAGUAGUGAGCAUCUCGCGAAAUAAACUGAUCGGAGUGCACACGACGUCGACAGUCGGCGUGUCGCACAUUGUCUGCCGAGAAGAAAUGGUUGCCGUUGUUCGGUUGGACGCAACUAUCGAGUUUCUAAAGAUGCACUAUGACACAACAGCUGGAAUGGUAAAUAACAUAAUGUCCAAAUUUUUGCAUAUAAAGGUUUCUUCAGCUGCGCGUGAGCCGAUUCGAAUCUAUUAAAGAAGUUCGUGCCCAUCAGAAACCAGUGUGUCGAGUGGCCACGUGGAAGGAUCAGCUGAUCACUUCGUCAUUCGAUCGGAGUAUCAAAAUGUGGAAUUUGGAAAACGGAGAACUGUCCAACGUGUUCCUAUCUCACAACUCGCCCCCUAUCAACCUGGCAGUGGAUGAGAGCAAGUCGAUCAUGUACUCGUCUUGCGAAGAAGGCGUCAUCUGUUGGUGGAAUCUGGUGGCCGGAGAGCUCAUUCGGUCGGACGACAACAACUGCAAUUGUCCGUUUGAAAUUCGUAAUGUCAUAUAAUUCGAUCCGUUCAGGGGCAUUCCAACUCGCCACGUCUUCUGACUACUUGCUCGGAUUCUAUGGCUCCUCGCAGCUUUUCAUGUGGUCCGUGGAGACUGGUCAACUAGCGUGUCGGGUCACAGACGCCUCUAAUGAUGGAUCGGUGAGACGAAGUAAUUAGUUAACUGUAUAAAACACGUUUCUUCUGUCAGAGCGAAGACACGCUGUACACAGUCGGAAGCAGUGGCGUCGUUUCGUUCGAUGAUCAGGUGGCUGCCACCGCUUCUUCCGAUUCUGUCACUUUCUGGGAUCUGAAGCAUCGGGCGAUCAUUGGAAAAGUGAGCAAUCUAGUUUGAUAUUCAUGUAAUAAUUGGCAUUUCUAGGUGAAAGUCGGUGGAAAAAUCAGUUCGAUGCGAAAAUUGACGGACCACAGCGUUCUCUGCGGAGUGGACAACUUGAUGUACUCGGUCACUGUGCCAUUAGUUCGAUUCAAAUGACGGCGUCAUUCUUGCCAUGUCCUCAUUCUUAUGUGCCUUAAUUAUCAACAACUUUCAGGAACAAAACCAUUGUGAUAUUGUCUCUCUGCCAAUCUUACUAACCUUGUAUAAAGCAUGUACUUUUUGAUUCCUUAAUAUGUUCGUGAUUUGGUUCAUCUCCUUCUAUAUCUUUUUCAUAUGAAUUCUUUCCAUUUUCACCGCCUUUGCAGAUGGCCGAGGAAAGAAACGACUAUCCGUUUGCCACCUUUCUGGAUCAACACGCUGCGCAACUGAACGCAAGUGCCGUGCCACCUGAGCUUUGGCACAGUCUUUACAAAAAACUGUCUGAUCAGUCUUUUGAUGCCGGAGAAUAUUUCAACAUCAUCUACGAAGCUGACGACGAGAAGAAUCAGUUCGUCAGUGCGUUGAGAGAUCUGCACAACAACGACGAGGAAAAGUGAAUACUUCAGAGAACCCCAAACAGAUUUAAUUUUCUUUUCAGCAUCUUUCUUAUUGAUCAUUUUUUCUCUUUCUCUGCCGAAACGGCUCGCAACGCUGUGGAAACAACGGAUGGGCUCGCUGAAAAGCUAGCCGUGCUCUUCGGAAUAAAUGUACGAAAUUUAAUAGUUUUCAUCCACUCUCCAGUUUUCAGUCCGAGACUCCCGAAGCCGAUGAGACUGUUGAGAAGAUUGAGACCUCCGUCGAGAAUGAAGAGAAGAAGCACGAGGAGACGUUGAACGGGAUUGUGGGCACUCUCCCGCGUCACGAGUCGGUGGAUGCGAGACUCGGAUCGUAUUCUUUCGACGAUCCAAAAACUGAACUUUGCGAUCGUGUCGUGAAGGAACUGUGGAAGUUCUCUCAGACAUACUCUGUCAGCUACCAACUACCGAAUGGCGAGUUGGAUAAAAGAUCGGUGUGGUAUGUGAUGGACAAUUUCGGCUCGAGAAUCCGUCACUCUGCUUCUCCGAAUGCUCGUAUAAUUCCGCUGAUGUUCGUUCCGCAGCAGACCGCUUUCAGCAUCAUGUUUCUGACACAGCCUGUGAAAGCUGAAGAGAAAAUAGUCAGAGACUGGGCUGCCAAUGUGAUUUCAGCUCAGAAUCCCGCUUGGAGAAAGUACAUCGAAAUCCCGUGGGUCCCGCAGGACUUCUCCGGGGAGUCGGUUUGUCCGCCGGCGCCAACCUUCGACUAUUUCACCUCGGGAAGAAACCCUGAUCAUCUGGCGUCCGCAGCCGACCAGGAGACUUGCCAAUCGGCGCUUUUCGGCUCGGUUCCAACCAUGAAGAACCGAAAGCUAAAGUUGUUCGUAGAUGACACUCAACUGACGGAGCAUCUGACACGGGAUGUCGAGUACGUGGGUACCUGGAAAAAGGCGGACAUCAUCUGGCUGAUUCGACAUUUCCACGAUUACAAGUAAGUGAUGGAAAGUGAAGAAGACAUUAACAGUUUAAAACAGAAAUCUGGCUGUGGAGAAUCCGUGUGCCCUGAUCAAUCAGUUUCCGUACGAAUCGUGCAUUACUGUCAAAGAUCUUCUGGCCGCAUGUGCCAUGAGAGAUCCAGUCAAAAAUGACUGGUACCAGGUGCCCAUUCCAUAGUUAUUGUACAAUCUAUUCCAUUUUCAGCUCACUUACAAUCUGAAUACUCAGCUUCCGCAGUUCGUAGCUCGUUUCCAGAACGACGCGAAGACCAGGCAGCACAAUGUGUGGAUUGUGAAGCCGUGGAAUCUUGCGAGAGGAAUGGAGAUGACUGUCACUGAUGAUCUGAACCAAAUCAUCAGACUCGUUGAAACUGGGCCAAAGGUAUUCAUGAGUUCUCAGUUCUUCCGAUCCAUUUGAAAGUGUUCAGAUCGUCUGCCAAUACAUCCAUCGUCCGCUGCUAUUCCCGAGAGCCGACAAUGGAAACAAUGUCAAGUUCGACCUUCGUUACAUCGUUUUCCUGAACGGACUCUCACCAGUCACCGCCUACGUCUACAACAGGUUCUGGAUCCGCUUCGCCAUCAAGUGAGUGUCGUUCUCCGUUUCUUCUAAUCUUAUUUCGUUUGCAGUGAGUUCACUCUGUCAAAUUUCGAUGACGUUGAAACUCAUUUCACCGUUUUCAAUUAUUUGGCCAAGGAAAAAGUUCUGCAGAUGAAAUGCGAAGACUUCAUCAAAACUAUUGAGAAUACUUAUCCAAGAAUCAAAUGGACUGAUGUUCAAAAGGAUAUCAAUGCUACCAUAAGAAAGGCGUUCGAUGCGGCUGCCCAGUGAGACCCCUUCAUAUUUAUUCUUUUGAAAUCAGUAUUCCAGGGAACAAGCUCCGUGUGGAGUGGCUCCGAAUGUCCAGUCGCGUGCAAUGUACGGAGUGGACAUCAUGCUGCAGCACGGAGAAAACGACGUCAUCAAGCCGACGCUUUUGGAGGUCAACUUCAUGCCGGACACCACCCGUGCCUGCCAGUAUUACCCCGACUUCGCCGACACCGUUUUCGAUACUCUUUUCCUCGACGAAAUCGAUCCGACGAAAGUGACCGCUAUCUGA